AUGGAGAAAUAUCAUCAAAAAACAAGGAAGCCGAAGAAGAGGAAAACCGCUACCCCAGGUCCAUCAGGAAUAAACACAUGUCACGAUUGUGGGGAUGUCGUGGAUGCAAGAAAUCCUCUGGUGGAAGAACCUCUGCCGGAAGUACCAGAAGACACUGUGCAGGAAACACCACGACAAGAAGAUAAUGAAACAAUACAAGAGAACUACCUUUUCCCGAUUAUUCACCUCCAUUGGAAAAUGUACCAAGAGAGUCUGCUUCAGAAAGUGAACGAUGAGUGUGAAGGGAAGAUAACAGUGGCAGGAGAUGCUCGCCAUGAUUCGAUGGGGCACAAUGCAAAAUAUGGCGCAUACUCAGUAUUGUGUUCUGACAUAGCCAAGAUCAUACAUUUUUCACUUGUCCAGAGAAAUCAAGCAGAUAGCAGUAAUGCGAUGGAAUAUGUUGGUUUCAAAAACUGCAUGGAAUUCCUUUUGGAGGAAAAUGGCCUGCCGAUUAGUACUUUUGUGUCAGACAGACAUACCUCGAUUUGUAGCCACAUGAAAAAAGAGUUGAAAGAUAUCAAGCACUACUUUGACCUAUGGCACUUGAAAAAGAAAAUAAGGAAAGUCCUUGUCAAAUUAGCAAAGGAGAAGAACUGUGAGGUGCUGAAAACCUGGAUCAAGCCAUGCGAGAACCACCUUUAUUGGAGCGCCAUGUCGACACAAAGUGGCAAGGGAGACAUAAUCUGGGCAAAAUUCAAGUCAUUCCUGAGCCAUGUGGUAAACAAACAUGAUGGCCUUGACGAACCAUUAUUCAACAAGUGUGGCCAUGGACAGAUUAGGGACAGAACAUGGUUGGAAAAAGGUUCAGUAGCACAUGAUAAAAUGGUGGCAGAACUAACCAAAGCUAGCCUUAUCAGAGGCAUAAAACAAGCAUCUCCACUUUACCAGACAAGUGGACUGGAAGGCUUUCAUUCUGUUGUCAAUUUCUUCGCUCCAAAGAUGAUUGCAUUCUCAUAUGUUGGAAUGUACUGCAGACAUAUCUUGGCAAUUUUACACUUCAACAGCAAUGCAUAUAGGGACAUAAAAUACAAGCCAGAUGGUACAGAACAAGUGAGAGUGUCGUAUCCAAAGUUCAAGUAUGGAGAAGCAACCGUAAGAAAUGUUCGCGUGGCUAAGAAGUUUGGUAAGACAUGA